AUGCCUGAGAACAACACGUCCGAGGGAGUCGCCCAGACUAUCCAAACAGCCCACGAGCGCGUCCAUUCGGUGAACCCCUUCAUGGACCGCGAAUCUUACCCGACCGGAAGCCUCAGGAGCUACAAGAUCCUGACGGCCGCUUCAUGGCUCCUCCUCGUUGUCACGAGCAUCUACUACACCUUCAAUGCGCCUACCGAGGGCAAGCAUCACAGAGGCACCAUCUGGCACCAGAAUUCGCACCGCCACACGCCCUUUGCACUCAACUCUAUCAUCACCUCCGUCUACAUGAUUGUGCUGUACAUCCUCCAGAUCGGCUACUGCUGGCACCUGUACUCAGAGAACCCUGUUUACGUCAAGGCGGCCGCUGACGUUGGUUCGCACUUCAUCCUCAACAACCUUCUGUGGUUCGGUUUCAUUCACCUCUGGUGCCGUAGCCACUUCUGGCUUGCCGAGAUGCUGGUCAUCAUCAACUUCUUCAACCUCUCAGCCCUCUACUUCAAGCACUCGAGAACCCCGAGAUUCAUCCACAUCCCCGUUGUCUCCGGUCCUCUGGCUCUGAACUACGUUCUCCUGUUCACCGUCGGUGCUGCUGCCAUCAAUGCACACUCUUUACCUGCCAGAAUCUUGGCCAAUGUCAUGAUCUGGUCCAUCAUGGGCUACGGCUUCUUCUUCCUCGUCGCGUACAAGGACUACACCAUGGGCUUCAACCUGAGCGUUCUCUGUGCAGUCUCUCAAUUCCUGACCCACGUCAUUGCAUUCCAGUGGAUCUUCGCCUUUGUCAUCAUGGGCGUCCUGUUCAUUCUCUCUGUCUUGGUCAGCUUCCCUGGUAUCAUCGGCCAAGAUCCCUUCAAGCGUGGUGCUGUUGUCGACGAAGACAGAGAGAGACAGCCCCUGCUCCAGGAAGAAUAA